GAAAGGUACAGUCUCCUCCCACUGCACACUGUAUAAAGAAUCAGGCACAACUGGAAAAAGAAAAAAAAAAGAAAAAAAAAGAAACAUUCAGAGGAUAGUUACAUACGUUCUGUGCCCCUUCGAGUAAAAAAUUUAAUAAAACAAUAUAUUACCAAAAUGGAUGCGUUCAUUGGAAGUUGGAAACUUGUCAAAUCUGAAAAUUUCACAGAAUACUUGACAGCACUUGGUGCUGGAGAGGAACAGAUCCGUGUUGCCCAAAUAAUUAAACCAACUAUCACUUUUUACAAAGAUUGGGACUAUAUAGUUGUUAAAACAGUGACCAGCAUUCAUACUGGAGAAAUCUGGUUCAGGCUGGGUGAAGAGUACUAUGAGAAAACCAAGGAUGGCAGACAUUGCAAGAAUGUUGUAACCCUGGAAGGAAGCAAACUUGUACAGGUGCAGAUGUGGGAUGAUAAAGAAACCACGUUUGUUCGUGAGAUCAGUGGUAAAAACAUGGUCAUGACACUGACCUUUGAGGACACUGUAGCCACCCUCACCUAUCAGGCGGUAUAAACGAUGGACCACUUAUCAGCCUAGAAGCAUGUUUUAAUGCGAAUAUCCACAUGUCCUAAAAAGAUGGUGUCCAAAUAUAGAGAUGAGAGGUAUUAUUAGUACAGUUCUAACUAAUUUCAUUCCAUCAGAAGACAAGCAUAAAAUAAAUCCCAAAUCAGAUCGUUACAAUGUGUGGUUGCGUCUAUGUAAUGACACAUGACUACAGUUCACUCUCUAUAGUUCACUGAUCCUUUCUGAAAUCAUUAUUAAACCACAAUCUAGUGUU